AUGUUACUUCGACGCGUCGCGCCCUACAAAACAUGGGACACGAUUUUUAAAAAAUGUCGUACUUUAGUAGAUCCUCGAGAUCGAGAACCAGUCUUUGAAACCCUUAUACGAGAUAUCAAUCAUCGUUUAGAACCUUUAGGAUUUCGAAUCGCUCAAACUGUUGAUGGUGGAAUCGGACCAAUAGAUGAAAGUCAACAAGACCAAGUCUCAGAUGAAUCAGGUGGAGGUAUCUACCCUCGUUCUCAAGGAGAACGUUGGAUGGGUCUAAUUAAUACUAAAGUAGAUAAUUCAGCAAAACUAGCUACCGAACUUACACCUGCUGAAUUGAAUUUUUUUAGAAGAGUGAUUAGUCGGAUUAUAAGAGCACCUAAUCAUCGAUAUUGUAUUUCACUUCAUGAAGCCAUUCGAUCACAUACCAAAAUUCAAGGAAUGAAAAAAGGAGACGCACAAAACGUUUUAGAUGUUCUAGUUAAAAAAGGUUGGUUAUCGUAUGUAGCAGGGAUUUAUACUCUAUCUAUUAGAGCACAAUUAGAAUUAGAUCCAUAUUUCGAAAAAACCUUUGACCUAGAAGACUUACCACCACAAUGUCUUAAAUGUAAGAAUAUAGUCAUGAGAGGAUAUAAAUGUCCAAAGGAUGAAUGUCGAGGAGCAUUACAUGUUCAAUGUGAAGCAGUUUGGAAAAGGACUCAAAGUAAAUGCUCUGAAUGUAAAGGGAAAUGGUCCAAUGAGACUCUUAUUGGACAAGAUGCACCAGAUGGACUGGUGCUUGAUACAGAAGAAGAAUCAGAGGUAGAAGCCAAGGAAGAAGAAGAGGAAGAAGAAGAAGGAACGCAACAGACUCAAACUCAAACCCAAGCUUCUAAAGGUAAAAGACGUAGUACAGCUUCAAGUCAAAAGAGUCAAAAGAAGAGUCGAAAUAGAGAAGGACCGAGUCAACCGCGUAAUGGUCGUACUCCUGCUUCACGUCGAAGCUCUCGAUAUGAUAAGUUGCUUGUUUUAAUGAAGAUUUGA